CAAGAAGCCGAAAACCGAAUUACUCAAUAAUUAUAGUUUUUGUUGAAACAGAACAUAUAAAAACAUUGAAAAUGUCUCAAAUACCAAGACGAACAAGUGAAUUUCAAGUUUCUUCAACCAGAAAGAGCGGAAAUCCAAGAGUUAGUAGAAUUGCUCAAGCUGCAGGUGGAUCAGCGAUGCGACCCGGACAAAGCCGUGCAUCAGCUACACCGUCUAUGGGUAGAGCUACGCCACUUCGAACUCCCUGCCGAUCGAACUCAAAAGAUCGAAACACAAUGGUUCCAAUGACAGCAGAAAAAGAAAAAGUUCCAACUGACGACAGAGCUUUUAUCAAUAAUAAAACAGCUCAAGUUCUCGAAGAACUUACAAAAAUUGAUGGAUUUAACGAUUUAAUACAAAAAGGACUUAAAUCGAUGACUCAUAAACAGUUCAUCAUGAUAAUUAAACACUUCUUGAAACCGUUUGGAAAUAUUCAAAUCGACGGUACAAACUAUACUGAUGUCGUGUAUAAUUUUCUAUUGAGCAUGGAUUAUCCAUAUAACAUCAAUAAAUCAUCUUUAAAGACCCCAUCAGCUCCGCACUGCCAUGGUAACAUUGUCGUGCUUUUAGCUUGGCUUGCAGAUUUUUCAGCUUGUAAUGAAGAUCCAGAAAUUGAAUAUGAAUACUCCGAAGACUUCAGCGCUCCAAAUAUUGCUGAAAAUUUUAUGAAUACCACAGCAAAGGCAUUCACUUUAUGGAACAAUCAGCAAGAAGCAGAAUCUGAAGUUGUUCUUGAUGAAAUGCGACAAGCUUUUGUCGACGAGACUGUUGGACCUGGUGAGGAUCUUGAUACAGAACUUGAUCGUUUGAAAAGCGAUAUUAAAGAUCUUAAUCGUAAUACGAAACCUGUGAGUGUUCAGGAGGUAUAUAAACAGCGAAAAGAAGAAUUAAAAGCUUUGGAGGAACAAACCGAAGAAUUAAAGCGAAUCAAUCAUGAACUUUCAGAAAGAAAUAAUGUCAUCCAAAAUGAAAUCAAACUUAAGUACAAUGAAAGUCAGAAAGUUUCUUUUAAUUUGAAAAAAGUUCGACAAGCUUUGAUGAACCAAAAAUUAUCAACAGAACAGAAAAAUGAACUUCUGAUCGAUAUAUCAAAACUUAAAACUGUUUUGUUAAGUAAGAAAGAAGCAGCAAAAAAAUUGAAAGAAAUCGGCAGCGAAAAUGAUAUUGAAAUUGCAAAUCUCAUUGGAAAAAAAUUCCAGUUGAUUGAAUCAUUGAAUAAUUUAAUUUUCAUAUUGGCAAGCAAUUUAAAUCUUGCUGGCAUGCAAGAUUCAUUCGAUCCUGCAGCCUAUGUUAUUAAAACAAAAAAAAUUACUCAGAACGGCGAGUUAUUUAAAGAACUAAAAUUGUUGAAGGAAGGAUUGGAAGACCUCACCGAAAAAUACAGAAAAAUUGAAAGAAAUGUUAAUCAAGAUCAGAUAAAUCUCGUUGAUGAAAAACAUCGCUUGGCGUUGGGAAAUUCAACACAGCUAAAUGAUUUGAGAUCAAAAUUCGAACAAGUAGAGAUGAAAGAGAAGAAAUUGGAAGAAGAAUUGAAUCGAUGGGAAAGCACCUUGCAAGAAAUGCUUAAAAGCAGUGAUGCUGAAAUCAGUGAGAUAGAGUCAAAUAUUUCAAUUCAAAAUUCUAAUAUCAGUGAAUGUGAAACAUUGAACGCUCAAAUUUUCAAUAAUAUCAAAGAUUUCAAAGAGAAAUCUAUAAUCCAGUGCAAGGAUAUUUACGAACAGAGAAAGAAAGAAGCCGAAGAUAAACGAAAGCGAUUGAAUGAAAUUAAUCAGCUCUUGGAAAAAUUCAAAAAAGCUCAAGCAGUUUUUCCUGACACUGUUCAAGAAGUUAUCGAUGACGUCUUAGAGAAGCGCAAGGAAAAGGAUAAUAGUUCAAACAUUUAAUAAUUAUAUUUGAUAAGUUAAAGAAUUUAAAUAUCGUACAAUCCUAGUGAUAUUUCAGAGGAAUUAAUAAUCUUUAAAUAUUUUUAAUCCAAAAAGGAAGAAUAAAACAUAAAUACGAAUUCGUGGUAAAAUAUUCAAAACUAUCUGUUAAUGAAAUAAAAUUGAAUUCAAACUCACAGAAUAUUUUUAUGAAAAACUUUUAUUUAUGAUGCCAUAAGCU